GUAAAUUCACAGCACAUGCACGCCUUUCACGUGUCACAGUCCCAGGAGCGAACACUUCAUAAGUCAGGUUGGGUGAGACCAGAAUUCAGUUGGACCUGCAAGACCAAGAAACCACAGACAGGAUCUGGAGCUUUGGGGAUCCAUUUCAAAAUCAGGCCUACCAACAGGGAAAGGAUGUCGUUACGUGGAAGCUUUCUGUCAGAUGAGCAGUUCCUGUGCUCGAUCUGCCUCGAUGUGUUCAACAACCCUUCGUCCACACCGUGUGGCCACAGUUUCUGCAUGGCCUGCAUCAGCAAAUACUGGGAUGUAUGUAAGGUUUUCCAGUGUCCUCUGUGUAACAAGAGCUUCCAGACGCGACCAGAGCUCCAGAUUAACAGGACACUGCGAGAGAUCGUCGAUCAGUUCAGACCCGUUACAAGCGGGGGAAGGCAGAAUGAGAAGAGAGUGGGGAGAGAAGGAAGAAACGGAGGCAUGCCAGACAAUUUCUUGAAUGAAUUGAAGAAGAAGCUGCCUCACCAUCAGCUAAAAAUGGCAUCGAUGCUACCUGACGCUCAAGGGAAGACAGGUCAGCCCAUCCCGACAUCAACAGUCCCAACCUCACUUGCUUCUUCGGUACCAACCUCCAGUCCAAUUGCUGCCUUGACAAACUUCUCCGGAUCUCCUCAGCCGCCUCCCACGUUAACCCACUCCAGCGGCCGGAGAAGGUUCACCGUGACUGGGGCUGCGGUCAGCCGGAGCCUCCCUAUCUGUGAGAUCCACCACAGAGGAAUAGUGAUUUACUGUAGGACUGAUCGAGCAUGUAUCUGCCCUGAAUGUGAGACCUUGGACCAUCAGGAUCACGACACAGUGACUCUUGAAACCGAGUGGAUGGAAACCAAGAAGGACCAGCUGAGUGUGUCGGAGCAGGAGAUCCGGGAGAUGAUCAGACAGAGAAUCAGGAAGAUUGAGGAGAUCAGACAGUCCGUGACUGAACUGGAGUUGGCAGUGGAGCAUGAGACUGUGGGCAGCGUUUCCAUGUUGUCAGAGCUCAUUUCUGCCAUCCAGCGCUCCCAAGCGGAGCUGAUGGAGGUGAUGGAGAUGAGCCGGAGGGCGGCCGAGCACCAGGCCGACUCCAUGAUACGACAGCUGGAGCUGGAGAUUGAAGAACUAGGACGGAGAGAAAGCGCCCUAGCCCAGCUCGCCCAAUCAGAUGACUACAUGCACUGUGUCAAGACAUUUCCCAACCUCUCCAGUCCUCCAAAGUCCAAAGACUGGUCUGAAGUGUCGGUGAACUCUGACCUGGGAACAGGGACCAUCUACAGGUCGCUCGCAGCUCUGGUGGAAAAUUUUCAGGAAGAUCUGAAGACGAUUGCAGAAACAGGUUUUCCUGCCUCAGUAGUGGAACCCAGCCCGGUCCGAACACAGCCCAGGAUAAAAAUGAUACAGGAGUAUGCAGUGGAUGUGACUCUGGACUGCAACACCGCUCAUCCCAGACUGAUUUUGUCAGACGACAUGAAGAGUGUGAGGUGUGGAGACAAACACCAGACACUUGCAGACAAUCCGGAGAGGUUUAACAGAGUCGUCUGUGUCAUAGGGAGGGAGGCCAUCUCCACUGGGAGACACUACUGGGAGGUGGAGGUGGGCGGGAAGACGGACUGGGAUCUGGGCGUGGCCAAACAGUCAAGCAACAGGAAGGGGAAGGUUGAAGUUACCCCGAGCAAGGGAUACUGGUUCCUCAGCCUGAGAGACAAGUACGGUUUUGCCCUUAGAAACAAGUACGCUUUUCGCACUGAACCCUCCACAGAAGUCCAACUGAGCCUCCGUCCACAGACGAUUGGGAUAUUUGUGGACUAUGAGAAAGGACAGGUGUCUUUCUACAACGUUGACGCUAAAAUGCACAUCUACACUUUCAAUGACACUUUCAGUGAGUGCAUCUUCCCGUUCUUCAGCCCCUGCACUAAUAAAUCCGGGAAGAACAACGGGCCGCUAAUCAUAAAGCCAGUCAUCUUGAUGGAGUGACAGGAGGGCACCUGGAAGUUAUUUGUUUCUCUUUUUUUUCUUGUCUUUAACCCUCCUGUUGUCCUCGGGUCGAAUUUGACCCAUUUUCAAAAAGUGUUUAUAUCAGAAAUUGGGGUUUUCUUUCGUCAAAUCCUCAAAAAAAAAAUAACUUGGAUGAAACAAACAGUAAAAUAAAGUUGACAAAAAUGUCAGAAAAAGAUUUUAAAAAGAGCCUCUGUUAACUGUAUGAAGGGUAUUGUGAUCAAUAUGGAGACGUCAGACAUAUCUGUGUACCUUUUCAGUUCUCUGUUCUCUCCAACAAAAAUGACAAAAAAUGCACUUUUUUUGUAAAUAGUGACCAAAAAAAAUGGAAAAGUGACAAAAACGACAAAAAAAGUGACAAAAACAUCAGGAAAAGCGACAAAAGGGUCAAAAAAGACGACCAAAAUGUUGGAAAAAAAAAGUUUGUAUUUAAUUCUGACCCAGAAAAACAGUUUACUGGUCGACGGGAAGACAACACAAGGGUUAAAUACUUUGUUGCCCUGUACAAAAAAACUAGAAUCAAGGCUUACUAAUGCUGCAUUAGAUCAACAACGUGGCUCCAUUUCCUGGGUCUCCUUCUCCAUAAACAUGAAAUCAAGGAGAGGGUUAACUUUUCCUGCUACAGAUUUCUGACAGUGGUCAGAAAGCACAGGGGAGACACGAAUCCGAAUCCGGAGUCCGAAUACGCUCUGAAGUGAAUCACCGUCACUCUCUCACUCGUCUACCACACACUUCCAACGCACACACACAUGCCGGCCCUGCAACGCAUGCAAGCAUGAACUUUAGACCACAUACGUACGCUACAGCAACAACAGCGUGGAGUCUACGCAGAACCAUAAAUCAGCCUUUGAUAAAUUGUGGUUGUAUGCCUCCACCAACCAGUCAAAUUGCAGUUUACAUCCAUGUUUACAUCCAAUGUUCGUCCAUGAAAUACAAUAAUACAAUACAAAUACAAUUGAUGACUUUCAUUCCUGACUAAACUCAUCUGUACGUUCCUCUGAUCUUAACUAUUCGUCAAAAUAAUUCAUAAUUUCUGCUUUAUUAACUCACAUAUUAGGUAUAAAUCUUUAUAAAUGAGGGUUACUGACCAUGAAUUCCAAAAGGUACAGUAAAACUAGUUGUAGUAAGGUGGUGUUAAUGAAAAAAAAAAAAAGUCUGGAAAAGGGACAACAAUGUCAAAUUUUUGUCCCUUUUUGACCCGGGAAGACAACACAAGGG